UAAGAGCGCAAUUAAGGAUUUAACCAAGCCUAUGCUGCGCCCCAGCCAGCAGUCUGCCGGAGACAGACACCGCGCCGCAGCCUCCUCCCCCAGACAUGUCUGCUUAGACCCGAGCAGCCCCGCCGCCAGCCCCAGCCCGCCGCCGGCUCCGAGCUAUGACAGGAGUAUUUGACAGAAGGGUCCCCAACAUCAGAUCCGGCGACUUCCAAGCUCCUUUCCAGACGGCUGCAGCCAUGCACCACCCGUCCCAGGAAUCUCCCACUUUACCCGAGUCCUCCGCUACGGAUUCCGACUACUACAGCCCGGCGGGGGGAGCCCCGCACGGCUACUGCUCGCCUACCUCGGCUUCCUACGGCAAAGCGCUCAAUCCCUACCAGUAUCAGUACCACGGCAUGAACGGAUCUGCCGGGAACUAUCCUGCCAAAGCCUAUGCAGACUACAGCUACGCCAGCCCCUACCACCAGUACAGCGGGGCUUACAACCGCGUCCAGAGCUCCGCCAGCCAGCCAGGUGAGGGCCAGGGGCCGGGGGUGUGCGGGAAGCUCCCGCGGCUUUGGGGAGGCUGGGGGAUCGCGCCCCGGCAGAUCCCUGACCCACGGACCACGGGGAUGCGGCUUUGCCUGAAUCAGAAGGGAAACUAAAAAUAAAGAAAUAAAUAGGAAAAAAAAAAAAAAAAAAA